UCGGGACUCGCGCGACAAACAUGGAGCGCCGGCUGUAAUGUCACGCGCCGGGGAGGGCGUGAAAGGGAUACAAGGACUUAUUGGUUCGAGACGUGUAGCUCUUUAGAUGAAAAAGCAUGCGGAAAAUGGGUGCAGUCAUCGACACAAAAGACCCCUGGCUGUUCGGCGUCACCCCCAUCUUCCUUUAACACGAGCCCCCCCUCCUCCCUCUGACCGAGAUGCAUUGUGGGGGAAGUCGUUGCCAUUCGACCUCUGCGGGGCCUGCGCGGACGCAGACAGAACCCUGAAAUUCAUUAUGCCUUUAAAACCCCUAUUUAUUUCCGCAUAACCUACAUACUCUCACCAGGAGGCCGGAGCGCGGAAAAACGGCUCAUUUCAUGCGGAAUACUUUAUUUACGAGAGCCGCGAUUGGAUUUUUGUUUUGUUGAGGAAGUGAAGAUUAUAAUUUAUUUCAAGAAAAUGUCCGGAGAGCGAAACCGCAGGUCGCUGGCUUUCCGAGGAGGUGGAUUAGCCGUCACCGGUCCCAGCGCCGUCGGAGGCGGCAGCAACGGCAACAGCUGUGAGGCCCCGGCCUGUCAAGACCGACAUUUGAACGGGAACAGACCGGAUCAGGAGGACGAUCAGAAUUUGGGGGCGAAAGGACCAUCGCUAAGGAAAGUCGAGGGCGGGGGGUCUGUCAGCGACAGCACGGAGCCGGAGGCAGAGGAGGACGAGGACCCGGAAGGGGGCACUUGGACAGCGGGGAAACAUAAUGACAGAGGCGUUUUAAACAGCGUAAUGCUGAAAACCGAGGGCUGUAAAAGGGCGACUGGCAACGGUCUGAACCGGGAGGACGGGAGCACGGGAGAGGCGGAGGAAGCGCCCGCGAGAAAGCCGCUGCUGGAGAUGAGACCUCAGACGCUGCUGCAGAAACACUCGCUUUUCCAAGCCUGCUGGCUGGAGGAGUUUCCCUGGCUCAGAUUCAGCCACGAAACGGGACUCAUGUCUUGCUCCUGGUGCCACAACAUCGCCACCAACAACAGCGACGAGCUGGUAAAAGGCAGUCGGAAUUACAAGCGGGCCUUGCUGCUGAGACAUCACCUGUCCUCGGAGCACGGCAGGAAUGACCCGACCAAACAGGAGAUGGAAAGGCCAGAGGACGCGGAGAGCCCGGAGGUGGAGGACUACCGAAACAAGCCCAACGAGAACUCGUACUGCUACCAAUUGCUGCAGGAGCUGGACAAACAGCGCAAGAGUGGCAUCCUCUGUGACGUCAACAUCGUAGUGAGCGGUCAGGUGUUCAGGGCACAUAAGAACAUCCUGGUCGCCGGGAGCCGCUACUUCAAGACCCUUUACUGUCUGACAAAGAGCGACAGCUGCGACCAAACUACCAUCACACACCUGGAUGUGGCAGCCGUGCAGGGCUUCUCUGUCAUCUUAGACUUCCUAUACUCUGGCAACCUCUUGCUCACUAGUCAGAAUGCCAUCGAGGUGAUGUCUGUGGCAAGUUACCUCCAGAUGACCGAGGUGGUCCAGUCCUGUCGCGCCUUUAUCAAAGACGCCCUCAAUAUUAGCAUCAAGCAGGAAGCCCCCGAUUCUGUGGUGGUUGACUAUAAUAAGAGGCGGACAGUGGCAAAAGAUUGUCAGGGUGCCGACAAGAAACCUAGCAAUUUCUGGGCCACCAGCAUCCUGUCUAAGCUGUCCAUCAAAGCCAGUGUCCAAGGCCAAGUGAAGGAUGAACCCAGCGACGUGGAGGUGUCCGGGGGAGAAGGCUGUGCGCUGGGAAGCUCUGGUUGGGGUGGGGAGAACUCAUCGGAGUCCACAGAGACGGAGCCACAGGGACCGGGUCCGGUAUUUGUCUGGAACCCAGAUCCCAGCAAUGGGGCUACCAUCAAGCAAGAGGUGCGUUCUGAGCCGGGUAGUGGAAGGCGGAAAAAACAAGCCGCCAAGCGCUUCGUCUACAACAUCCCACCUGAGCCAGAAGAGGGUUUUGAUGAGGGCAUGUUCAUCCAACCAUCUGCCUCCUACACAAGAGAGGACUUCUCUUACCUCUCAGAGAAUGCCGGCGAAGCGCCGGAAAACGCCCUCAAUAAGCUGAAGUGUCCCCACUGUAACUACAUUGCCAAGCACCGGCGAACACUAAAGAGGCACCUGAUCAUCCACUCAGGCGUGCGUUCAUUCAGCUGCGACAUCUGCGGGAAGCUCUUCACUCGCAGAGAACACGUCAAGAGACAUUCCCUGGUGCACAAAAAGGAUAAGAAAUACAAGUGUAUGGUAUGCAAGAAGAUCUUCAUGCUGGCGGCCAGUGUGGGUAUACGGCAUGGCUCGCGACGCUACGGCGUUUGUGUGGAGUGUGCCGAUUCUCACCAGGGCACGCAGGAGGGUCUGGAGGGCAUGCAGGACCUGGAGUUCGCUCGCGAUGAAGACUUCGACGAAGCUGGAGAAGGGGACGAGGACAUGGAGGCGGAAGGGGAGGAGCCCAAUGAGAUUGACCAAUCCCACUGCGAGGGUGAUGCUGGUGCCACCCCCGAGAAGGACUAAUGUAGACAUAACCUGGUAUAAACACAAAUCAAAAUGCAAAGUAAAAAAAAAUAUAGCUGGGAAACAAUCAACUAUUCCAAAGUGCUAUCAAACCUCUUUGUUGCACGUGAAGUUAUGUCAAAGAGAUCUAUAGCUUUGUUAGAGAGGGACUCCAAUAUUUAAAGAUUGUUCUGUGUGUCAGAGAAAGAGGUAUAAUGAUAUAUAUAUAUAUAACAAAAAAAAAAAUCAGGUUUUUCUGUGAUGUAUUUUGUUUUUCUUUUGUAGGGGAUGAGGGUGUACAGCGUUUCGUUUUUUGAGUUAGGCCAAUCAUAUUAAAGAAUAUUAAUUAUUUAAUUUAUGAAGAAAGAUAUUAUGGUCUUAUGAAACAGUAGAAUUAGAUUUCUUUUCUUUUUAAAUGUACGUCUGCUUAUUUUAAGUUCAUAAAUGCGCUUCCUGAUAAUAUGUUGCUCUAAAGGAGGAUCUUGUGGAGGCAGAUCAGUCUCAAAAAUAAUACAUUUACAAAAUAAAAUUCAUAUGUCCACAUCACAAUUCACAUUUACAAAAUCUGAUUUAUAAGUUCAAAACAUGAUUCAUAAAUAUGCAAAUUCAAUUCGAAGGUUCAAAACAUGAUUCACAAAUACGCAAAUCCAAUUCGUAAAUUAAAAACACGAUUAAAAAAUAUGCAAAUCCAAUUCGUAAAUAAAAAAAUAAAUACUAAAAACAAGCAAAUCCAACUCAUAAAUUCAAAAAACGAUAAAAAAAUAUGCAACUCCAAUUCAUAAAUUAAAAAAUAUGCAAAUCCAAUUUGUAAAUUCAAAAAAAUAAUUUCUAAAAUAUUCAAAUCCAAUUAGUAGUUCAAAAAACAAUUUAAAAAUGGCAAAUCCAAGUCAUAAAUAAAAAAACAGUAAAAAAAUACAAAAAUCUAAUUCGCAAAUUCAAAAAUAUGCAAAUCCAACUUGUAAAUUUAAAAAAAACUAUAAAAAAUAUGCAAAUCCAAUUAGUAAAUUCAAAAAAACUAUUCGAAAAUAUUCAAAUCCAAUUAGUAGUUCAAAAAACAAUUUUAAAAUGGCAAAUCCAAGUCGUAAAUAAAAAAAUAAUAAUAAUAAUUUAAAAAUACACAAAUCCAAUUCGUAAAUUCAAAAAAAGAUUUGAAAAUAUUCAAAUCCAAUUAGUAGUUCAAAAAACUAUUUAAAAAUUGCUAAUCCAAGUCAUAAAUAAAAAAAAAACUAUUCAAAAAUACGCAAAUCUAAUUUGUAAAUUCGAAAAACAAUUUCAAAAUUGCAAAUCUAAUUCGUAAAUUUAAAAAAACUAUUCAAAAAUAUUCAAAUCUAAUUUGUAGAUUCAAAAAACUAUUUAAAGAUUUCAAAUCCAAUUAGUAAAUCUAAAAAACUAUUCAAAAAUACACACAUCCAAUUCGUAAAUUCAAAAAACUGUUUAAAAAUUGCAAAUCCAAGUCGUAAAAUAAAAAUAUAUAUAUAUUUAAAAUACGCAAAUCCAAUUCAUAAAUUCAAAAAAUUAUUAAAAAACAAGUAAAUUCAAUUUGUAAAAUCAAAACACGAUUCACAAAUACACAAUUUUUAUGAUUUUCACAUGUGAAUUCAUAAUUUGUGUGUUUACAGAUGUACAAAUUGGAUUAUGUAAAUGUGAAUUGUUCUGUGCAUGUAUGAAUUAAAACGUUUAAAUGUAUUAUUUUUGAGACUGAUCUGACUCUAUAGGAUCUCGACAAAGAAGGAGCAUUAUAGAAAUUCCGCCUACAGGAAGAAAUGUUUUUUUCUGUGUGUUUUUCCUUUCUAGUUAAAUGUUGUCAUGAAACUUUAUGAUAUAUAUAUAACAAAAAAUAUAUAUAUAUAUAUUUUCCUUUCCUGCACAAAUCUUGGAACCAAAAAUCUGUUUUGUGAGACUAAUUGACCACAGCCAUAUUUAUGAUUUAAGUUAUACGGGGCUGUUAGAUCGUGCCAAGCAGAACGCACACCAAGAUUUUUUCGCAGGACACAAAACUACUGAAAAUGCUGAGAGAACGUAAAGCAGAGAGCUAUAAGAAAAAGACAAAAAAAGACUAAAAUAUAUAGGGAAUAUAUUAUUGCUAGCUUUAUUUGAAUCACAGCAUCACAGUAACACUUUAUAAAGCAUUUUGACAUUCACUUAAAGCUUGAAUUUUUGCCAAAUGAUGGAAAACGUUUGGUGCUGUAACGCUUUUUAUUUUUAUUAUUAUUUUUAAAAUACUGGACCUACGAGCUGUAUAUGAUGUUAAUAAUCGUAAAGCCUACUCGACUCAGUUAUACUAAUCAGCUUUGUAUUUUACACUGUUGUGCUAAAGAGCCUAUCAGGUAUGCUUUCUGUUUUUAACGUCUUUUCUAUGAAAUGCACAUACACACACACAUACAUACCAUUUGUUGUUGUUAAACUACUGGCAGUACUUGUAUAGAUGGAUCGACCUGAUGUUCUUGAGUUGGUUAGUGGUACUGAGCUUACUUUGAAUCACUUGAACGACCUGUGUAACGAUGUUUUAUUAGUUUGUUUUUUUUCCUGAAGAAUGCAGAUGGAAAGGUUUGCAAUAGACACCCAAACUUGGUUUUUGAUCCCCCCCACCACCACCACCAUCAUGUAACAUUUGCGAUCAUUUCGUUUAUUUUGUCGUGCGUCUGCUGUGUGGAAAACACUUUCCUUUGUGCUGACGUAGAGUGGAAGGUCUAUGAAAUGCAUAGACGGGCACUUACUGUUCUGCGUUUGAUUAUUUCUUAUUUCCCCAAAGCCGGUCUGAAUGGAAAUAAAUUGAAACUGUUGUGUUUUAUUCCAUACGGAGCUUUUUUUUUUUCUUUCGACAUUUCAUUAUUUAAUGCUAUAUAUGUAUUGACUCCAAAAUGCAAUCAAGACUGUUAAUUUUUAUCUGUCCUACCAAAAUCAUUGUUUAAUUGUUAAUGUAUAAGAAAACCAGGUUAAUAUUUAGUGUAGAUCCUUGCUUGUGUAUGUUGUCAAAUUGAAAUGUUUUUAUUCUGAAAUCAAUCAUUCACUUUACCCUUAGAUGCAUAUAUUGUUUUAUUUGCCCUUCCUUUUGGAGUUUUUAUUUCGUUUGUGUUGUUUUUAUUUCAUUUUAAGCACAUUCUUUUAAAGAAAAAAAUGUUUGUGGGUUAAUUCCUAGGAGCAGGAGUUUCUGUUCAUAUGCAGUGGAUAUAUUGAAGUGCUAUACUGAUACAGAAAUCGUCUAUCUUUCCCUUUACUCGAGAUGAAAGUGUAUUUUAAAAGCUGUAUAGAAGAUCCUGUUUGUAUUACUUACCUUCAGAUCACUGUGGGAGGGAUAUUAUAUACAUAUAAAUAUAUAUAUAUAUAUGAAAGAUUAUGAAAUAUAGAUAUUUAAUUAGCUGAAUUAAAUGACGGCACACUGCUGCAGUUAACCAGUUUAAAACCUCGGCCUGGCUUUCACUGUUCACACCGACUUUUCUCUUAGUCUGUUCACAUGUGCACGAUCACCAUCAUGUCGGUUUAUCGUUUUUUCUUGUUUUGUCUGUGUCGGUUCAACUCACAUUAAUGUACUCUUUAAACUUAUGCUGUAAAUGGACAUAACAGACAAAAAAGAAAAAAAAAACACUACAGAUGAAGGUUUUUUUCAGCUGUAUUUUGUAAAAGCUGUUUCAAAGAUGUAUUUUUCAACUCUUACAGUGAUGCAAACGGGGCCACGGUCUCACCUCAAACACAAAUCAAAUCAGGUUAUUCUUUUUAUGUUUUUUCAAGAAUUUAAAUGAAUACAUUUUCCUUCUCUUUCAAUUGUACUACUGUUCCUCUAUUAUAAAUUUUAAAAUAAAACUUUGAUAUUUC